AUGGCGAUUUCUGGUCGACGAUCCGGUGCUCAUGCGAUUCUUCUAGCCACCCAUCUUUGUGUUACUGGGAAUGUCUCCCGCUUACCACAGCUACACGCCCAGUUUCCAGCCUACCUUCCUCUUGACCGGAUACUUCGCAUCAUCUUGACCUUUCUGCCGGAAAGCACAGCGCCCCAGUCUUACACGCCAGUCCUUCAGGAGCUUUUAGAUGGCCAUUCAUCGCAACCAGACGGUGACGAUAUCGAUGUUUCCCCAGUCGACAAUUUCUCGGAGGCUGCUGCCAAGAAACGAGUACGGACGCUUCGUUUACUCCCACUAAAGUACCACGACGACGAAGACAGUCAAGAUCCAGCCGACCUUUUAACUCAAUUCCUCAUACAUCGGGCAUACCGUAUAGAUCUGGAAACUGCCCUUCAACCCCUUAUACUUGAACUUCUUUUACCGUUCUACCAGCGCUUACCGACCGUGCGGACAUGGUUAAUCUCUAGCUUACUACCGCUGCUCCGACUUAACUACGAAUACUAUCCCAGUCAGGAUGAAACAUUCUCUCUGGAUGUUUUAGAGACGAUGGACAGCCACACCGCGAUCAAUGUACUUCUCUCGAUGACGGGCGCUCAGAAGAACAGCAUGGAUCUAGUGAACAACUUACGCGGACUACUUGGCCCGUGGAUGUACGGGAGUAACCGAUCGAAAAGGCGUAGACUCAAUCAGGCUGCGGAGGCCAAUUCCAUCUCUCUUCCUCAGGUUAACACCCAACAGCAUGAUAAGAAUACCUCCGGAUGGCAAUACGUGAACGAAUGGCUGCUGGCGCGCAGUCUAGUAGAUCAUGAGAGCACUGUGAAUGCAUUCCUUAAUUGGAAUGGUCCAGAGGAUGUGGACCUUGGAGGCUUUGAGGAAGAAGACCAAAAAUAUGACCGCGAUGUGUCGAAGGACCUGAAUCUUCGAUAUGGUCAAUCAGGGCUUGCCGUUAUCUACACAACUUCCGAUACAAGCAAGUCUUGUCUGGAAGGCUCAGUCAAAGUUCUGACUCGGGUUGCUGAGCUGUUGAGCCUUGAGGAUCACUUAUUUAUCUCACCUAACAGCUCGGUAUUUCCCUCGGUGACGUUUGAUGCAUCUCAAAUCUCUUCGUCAUCGAGGGUGUCCCUUCUGCAGAACGCUUUGUUGGUGGCAUCAAAUCCACUAACAUACCCUUCCGCCUCCUCUAUAUCGUUCCUCAGCGCUAUUCUCCUCUCCAUCAAGACGUUGGCCGAACUCGGACAUCCGAUUACAUGCAGGACAGCUGCCAAUAUCUGCCUUCAUAGUAACCAAGAUACGCAAGUACAAGAAUUGCGGAACAUUGUCUCAUCUAUUGUAAGACAAACAAAACUUAGCCAUGACUGGCGGGACGUUCGCCAGCAGAUUCUCUGGCUGCAGCAUUGGGGAUCAGACAAAAUAGAAGGAAAUGAAAGCAAUUUACCCUGUCAUGGCCUCUUUUGGAGGGUCUCACGAGAUGUGGUAGAGGCAGAGAUCUUGAAGGCAUUGCUAGAGUUCAAAGAAUACAACUUGGCCGUUGAUAUCUAUAUAAAUUCCAAAACUGCCCUUAGCUCAGCCCAAGUCGAAGAAGCCGUCAAGGAGGCCAUUUUCACCACUUACGAUAACGCUAGCAAUGGAAACAGAACUAGGGGAGGCAUGAAGCGAGCGUACGACAUCUUGCAAGCCUUCCAGCCACACUUUCCAGAGUCCGUCUCCUUCAAAGAGAUUCGUGCCCUCAUAUCAGCAACACAUGCUCUAUCUUUCUACUCCCUAACUCUGCAACAUGGUGUUCCCUUUCAACCUGUCAGUAUCCGUGUGCACCCCGAUCCUAUUUCCUUGAUCGAGAAAGUGCUUGAUCAAAACUCAAAGGCCUAUACGAAGGUCGAUGAUCUUCUUGCGAUCGGAAGAAAUCUGGUCGCGGCUGGUUUUUCCACUCGCCUCUCCGAUAGCGACGACCUAGAUCUUCCGUCUACUUCCGAGGAGGAUGCCGUCGUCACAGCUGAGCGACGUAUUAUGUCACUCGCAAUUUCAUCAGCUCUCUCUUCCAAUGAUUUCGGUACCGCAUAUUCUUACAUCCUCACGCGUCUCACUCCUCCAUCUCUCCUAUCCACCUCCUCGCCCCUUACAAACCCAGCCGUAAGGGAUGACAUUUCCUGGCGUGCUGUCUACAAUGCUGGCCGGUACCGCGAUCCUACGCUAUCCUCAUCUGCCAACCUCCAAGCCCAAAUAACCCAACUCUCCCAGCGAAUGGAACUUCUUUCUCUUGCCCUGAUCCUCGUCCCCUCUCCCGACCCACUGCCUGAGAUCCUCGGCGCCUGGCGACGGUGCGAUGAGGAGAUGAACGGCCUUCGCACGCGCGAAGCCGAAGAGGAAGAAGUAUGGGACACCAAGGGGGACAACCUCUCAUCAGUCCCUGGUGGCUUCGGACCAACAGAUAGCGAACAGGACGCAUACGAAACAAAGAAACAACACGCUCGACGUGCUCGAGCCCAUCACGACCGUCUCAACGCCGAAGAAGCCCCCAUGGGCCUCUUCGAAGUUGCCCGAGGCGCCGCGCUAGCCCUCCACAAGAACGCAUUCCCGCUCAGCGGCAGCGCCGCUACCACCGACCAGCAACCGACGUCAUCAUCUCACGCUCGCGGGUCCAGCGAGGACUCCGCUGAAGAGAGGGUGCGUAAGCGAGAUGUGGUCAGUAACAUGGUGACAGGCGGUUUAGUCAGUGGUAUCGGAUGGGUCUUAGGUGCUCAACCGGUGAAUCGCUAA